GCACCUUCCGACGGGGCAGGGCCUAGCCCGGUCGGAGCUUCCACCGCUUUAGAGAAGCGCCGGCGGGGCGGAGGCGAGCGGACGAGACGGAGUUCACCGCGCCGGCGGUACCCCGGGGCGGCCCGGCCCGGCCCCCCGGCCCCAGCGCCGGCGGAGCGGGGCCGCGCCGGACCAUGGCGGAGCGGGGCUGCCCCCGUGCCGCGCGAGGGGAACGCGCCGGGGCGGGCAGGCGCGCCGUACCCGCACCAGAGGCAGAGGGGCCGCGGGGAAGCCGCACCGUGCCGGGGUCGCUGGAGCGCCGCCGCUGCCUGUACCUGCACACGGGCCGGGGUGAGCGCGCCCGGCGGGAGCCGCUCCCUCUGUCCUUCGGAGCGCAGCGGCUGGGCCCGCUCCCUCCCGGGCGCUCCUCUGUGGCCGCAGCUCACCUCGGCCUCCCCUGCAGCCUGCUGCCAGAUGGUGGAGGUCCUGCUCGCUGUCCUGAUCCUGGUCUGCAGCUCCGUGUCCUGUGGCUCGGCCGGAGGAUACACCGGCCUCCCCGCCCUGGGGGGCAUCUACUACUACCAGUACGGCGGGGCCUACAGCGGCUUCGGCGGAGCGGAUGGGGAGCGAGCCCAGCAGCUUGACCAACGUUUCUACCUACUGAAGCUGCCCAUUGCAAGGGCAGCGAUGGUCGUGGGAGGGUGUCUCCUGGUCUUCCCUUGUGUUCUAAUUUUGGUUAGUGCUCUGCAGGUCCCGUGGCACUUCCCAGCAUGGCUGCUAAUUGAAUGCACCUUGUACAUAGUGAUUGCGGUUGGCACAGUGCCUGCUCUGUACUAUUUCCUCCAUUCUCUGCUGAGCGUUUAUAAUUCAUCACUGUGCAAAGAGAGAGAGCAGCUUUAUCAAAGCAAAGGCUAUCAGGGCUUCUGGUGCAGCCUGCAUGGGGCAGAGAUUGCUGCUGGCCUAUUGGGCUGCAUGGCUGCCAUGGCAUUCCUGCUCAGUGCAGGCCUAGCUGUCAGAGAUUACAGGACAGUUCAUGAACAGAAACAGAAGCCACUGCAAUUAUAAGAAUUUUCAAAUGAUUCCUCCACUCCAGUAAUGGUCUUGAUUUUUGCCAGUCUCCUUACUGAGAUGAAGCAGUAUGCUUUCCUUUCCUCGGGACAGUACAGCCUUAAUGCUACAGAACACUCACCAAGCUGGCAUAGCUCUAAAUAUGGUAGGGAUAACCUGACUCUAACUUGAAUUUGCAUUAUCAAGUUAUUAAUGGCUCAGAGCUGAGGCAAUGGAUUGUCUCUGCUUCACAGGCAGCCCUUCCAUCCCACUCCCAGCUGUCCCCUUCUCCAGUGAGGCCUUGCUACAAGUACUGCCACUGUAAGCUUCUGUCAAUGAACAGCUUUUUGUAGCUGAAACUGUCUCUACAAAAGGCACGUGAGUCCACUGAGAAAAGAGCUCUUAAAAACAAGUGACUGAGGCCCAUGGUUGUGACAAUUAAAUAUUGCUUCCUUGUAGGUCUCUUGGAAUUAACAGACCAGUGUGAACAUGACAUUUAUAAGGCCAUGAAAAAGUCCUGAAAAAACCUCUCAAACUCAGUCAAACUUGUGAUACAAUGCCUUUUCAAACUCCUGGAGGGGGUGCAUUUAUGUAUGAAAUGGUCUUUUUAUAUGACUUGCAUACAAGAGUUUUGCUUAAAAAGAUGCCCUGGCUUGGGAUAAUCAGACAAAAGCUUUAUGAGAUCAAAUGGGUGAUUGAAUAUAGAAGUAUAUUGUUUUCAAAAUACAUUUUCAAUGUACAAGUUGGAGAAA